GCUGUCGCCGGCGGCCGGCCGGCCGGCAGCCCUGACAAACAAGAGUUGGGGCGCGCUGCAGAGCGCGGUCGCUGGGCCGCCGGUGGCUGCGGACCGUGACUGCCGGACACGAACCCCUUCCCCAUGAAUCCACUUCGGGUGGGGGCUCAGCCUGGGCGCACGGCCCGGCGACGUGGGCCCGCGUCCUCCUGUCGGCGCCUGUAAGUGUUUGCGGGGACCCCAGAGGCCCGGCUUCCGGAGGCCGGGGAGUGUCUGUCUCUCUGGGCUGAGGUGUUAUGAAGGCCGCAGGGUUCUCCUGGAAAACAGCCUCCCCGCCGGAAGCCCCUGGUUGCCCGGGAAGAGGCAGGACCACCGCAGUCGCUCUGCUGGGCCUGUAGGACUCCCAGAGCCGGAGCCAGGCUGGUUCCCCGGACAGCACCCCACCCCCGAUUUCCUCUUUACUGAAUUCUUGCCUCCUCCCAUCCCGGACACUAAAAUCCACCGAAAGCUAUCCUCUCGCCAACCCCCCUCCCCACCUCUUUCCAGCCAUGAAGGCAGAAACAGUGCCAGUCCGGGAGAGCCCAGCCGAGCCCAGCACUAUCAGCCCCCUGUGGAGUAGCUGGAAGCUGGUGAUUGUAGGCAUCGUGCUAGGCUGGCUGCUGGUCAUCUAUCUUCUGGUCAACGUGUGGCUCCUGUGCCUCCUCUCUGCAUCCCUAGUGGUGCUCGGAGGAUGGUUAGGCUCCUGUGCCAUUGUGGGGGUUUCAGGUCGAUUGCACCUGGAACGCUUCAUCCCCGUGGCCACCUGUCCACCAUGCCCCGAGGCAGACAGGCAGUUGGAACUGGAGAUCAACCAUACCAUUCAGAUGAUUAUUCGAGAUUUUGUCUUAUCCUGGUAUCACUCCGUGAGCCAGGAGCCAGACUUUAAGGAAGAGAUGGAGGCAGCCAUGAAAGGGUUGGUUCAGGAUCUCCGGAGGAGGUUGAGCAUAGUGGACAGGCAUGCUCUGAUGCAGAGGGUUUUGACUCUCUGUGGUUGUCACCUGCAAAGCUACAUUCAGGCCAAGGAGGCCGCCAGCACCGCAGGGAAGCAAAGUGAUCCAUUGCAGCCCUCCCAGCUGUGGGGGGCUUAUUGCAGGGCUACUGUUCCACACCCUGCUGUGCAUAGCCCUAGUGCUGAGGUCACCUAUACACGUCACAUAGUGAAUGUGUUGCUUCGGGCGCUGGUACCCAAGCCUCAUUUGGAAACUCGAACUGGGCGUCAUGUAGUCGUUGAACUCAUUACUUGCAAUGUGGUCUUACCACUGAUCAGCAAGCUGUCAGAUCCUGACUGGAUCCACCUUGUACUAGUGAGUAUCUUUUCCAAAGGCAGAAGUCCAAUUCAAAUGACCAAACCACUCUGUCCAACCAACACUCUAGAAGAGCCUUCAGUGCCCACAUCUCAGCCAUCGGUUGUGGAGGCACCAAGUCUGCCAGAAAGAAGAGCCCCUUCUCCAGUAGUAGCUCCAGUGCUUCUAAAUGUCAGUGACCCAGAAGUUGAAGAAGGCCAUGAAGCCAUAGAGGGAGAUUUGGCUGGGAUGGUUGAAGAGAGGAAAGUAGUAAGUGAUUCAUCUCAUUUUCUACAGCCAGAUAUCCGAGGUCCCCUGUUCUUAUGUGAAGAAUCAGAGUUGGAAUCUCCACUGUCUGAACUUAGUAAAGAAACUGUUCUGCUCAUAACACAAAGUGACUUCCUCUCAGAGGGAAUCCAAGAUGCCUUGCGUGCCCUACAGGAUUCCCAGGCUCUGGAACCUAAGGAUGGUGAGGGGUCUGAUGGCAUUGAAGGAACAGAGAGUCCACAGGUAGAAACAGAAACAGGUGCAAUGGUGUCUACGAACUCCUGUCCAGAGAUCCAGAUUGACACAGCAGACAAGGAUGGUGAGCAAGGGGAUACCACCUCUCUUACAUCUUUGCUGGAGGAACCUGACAAGAUCUGCCCGUUACGACCUUCAUGCCUAGAGAAGGAUCUCACCAAUAGUGUGAGUUCUCUGGAUCCUACUGUGCCAUCCAUUCCACUUUCUUCUUCUCCACCUGGUCCUCUCGGCUCCACCUCCUUCAGCUUUGAGCCGCUCAGCAGUCCAGAUGCCCCAGUUGUUAUCCAGAACCUUCGGAUCACUGGCACGAUUACUGCCCGGGAACACAGUAGCACUGGAUUUCACCCAUACACGCUGUACACCGUGAAGUAUGAGACAGCCCUUAAUGGUGAAAACAGUAGUGGCCUGCAGCAACUGGCCUACCACACUGUGAACCGCCGCUACCGGGAGUUCUUGAAUCUGCAGACUCGUCUGGAGGAGAAACCAGAUCUACGAAAGUUCAUCAAAAACGUGAAAGGUCCUAAAAAGCUCUUUCCAGAUCUUCCCUUUGGAAACAUGGAUAGUGACAGGGUAGAGGCCCGUAAGAGUCUCCUGGAAUCAUUCCUAAAGCAACUCUGUGCCAUUCCCGAGAUCGCUAACAGUGAAGAGGUGCAAGAGUUUCUUGCUCUGAACACAGAUGCUCGCAUUGCCUUUGUCAAGAAGCCGUUCGUGGUCUCUAGAAUAGACAAGAUGGUGGUGAGUGCUAUUGUGGAUACCUUGAAGACAGCAUUUCCUCGCUCUGAGCCCCAGAGUCCCACAGAAGAGCUGAGUGAGGCUGAGAAUGAAAGCAAGCCCCAGACAGAAGGCAAGAAGGCUAGCAAGUCCAGGCUGAGGUUCCCAUCCAGUAAAAUUGGUCCUACACUGAGUGUGACUGAGGAACAUGACAGGAUCCUCUAUUGUUUCCAGGAAGGCAAUGUGGAGUCAGAUACCCUAUCCAUGUCUGGGAUGGAAUCCUUUAUUGAAAAACAGACCAAAUUACUGGAAAUGCAACCAGCAGAAGCCCCAGGAAAAUAUCCUGAACCAGUCCCUAGAGAACCUGUAGAUGGUUGCUCAUCAGCUACACCUGUGCCAUCCCAGAACCCCAACAAUAGUGAUACAGGUACAGAGACAGAGUUAGCUGACACAGCCUUUGAUCUGAUCCUCUUACUGUUGAUGGAGCAUUGGAAAUGGCUAUGUACAGAAAACAUGCAGAAAUUUCUUCGUCUUAUCUUUGGGUCCCUAGUUCAAAGGUGCUGGGGAUGGAACUCAGGAAGGCCUUAUACUUGCUGGGCAUGCCCCAUUUUUUAUCUUUAUCUAGACUUCAUUCAACCUAUUUGAUAUUGGAGCAGGGAAAGAGUAGUAUUGAACUGGCAGGAAGUAUACCUCUAAUAUGCCAGUACCAAGGCAUUCUGGGGGGAACUAACUCCUCUUGGAACCUAGGCUUGCUGUGUAAGUGCAGCGUCAAGAUAAGUGUCCCACAACUCCCUCUGUCUGCCAUGGCUUCUUUCUUUCUUUUUUUCAAUUUCAUUUAUUACUUCCUUGUGUUUUUUAAGCACAGAUGAUGCUCCUCAGGUUUCCAUUAUGUGGAGGUUCUGGAGUUACCACCACUGCCCUUAUAGCCUUAAUGCUUACAUGUAAUAGCUUCAUACUUGAAAAGGUUUUGAGAUUUUGCCCUAGAUGGAAACCAGAAACAAAUACUUUUGGAUAGUUCCCCCACAUCAGGUAAUUCAGUUCAUUACAGUCACUUUUCCUUUACCUCCAUGCACCCCUCUCCUGUUGUUUUUUCUGCUUCUUUGGCUUGGACAUCUGCUUCUCAUAUUUAUCUUUUAUUCUCAUGAAUUGUCUUUUCUAACCUCCUUUAGCCAUUUUACAGCUUAAAAUUUGAAGCUGUGCAAUUUCUGUUUAAUACAAUCUCAGAUAAUUACCUUCCAAACCAUGGCUGAAUAUGCUCUAAAACUGCAAAGUCUUAUAUCCAGAAAAGGUUGGACCCUUUCUGAGUAGAGAGCACAUAAUUACUUGAGACUUCUCCCUUCUCUCCCUUCCCCUUCCCAUUCUCUCCUGAGGUGUGAUGGCUCUGUGCUCUGAGCAGCACUGAGAGCUCUCCCUGUGAGGCAAGGUCACAGUGAACAAUAGGGGCUCUGGUUGUCUGGACAACCACUAAAUUACUGCCUUCUCCCCUCCUUUGUGUCUUGCUUUACUUCCUGGUGCUUCAGCACUACUGACCUCUACCCUUCCCCUGCCCUUUCCCCUCUAGCAGGCUCAAUUUUCUUCUAAAUGGGUGGCCAUUUUAAUUACCUUCCCCUUCUCCAACCACUUCCCCACCAUAGGUGCUGAGAAAGGCAGGCUCAGGAUUAACUACCUGGGGACUGAGAAUGAGCUGUGCUUGAGGUUCCCAUGGGGCCAAGAUCGAAGAGGCAGUUUGGAUCUUGUAGUCUCUUCAGCAAAAGUGCCAUUGUUUCAACUAUGCAGGUCUAGUUUUAGGAAAGAUCCUGAAAUACACUUUUCACAUUGCCUGUAACUGGGCAGGUUUUCUUUUCAGUCUUGUUGCUCACUACCAAAUGGUCUUCUAAUUUUGUACUUGCUUCCCUGAGACUCCUCAAGUUUUAUGGUAAGGAGGACUAGGUAUAAAGUACAAAGUUCACUCCAGAUCAUGCUAUCAUUUAAUUCCUUGCACCUGGUAAAAUUCUUAAAGGGAUCUAGAGGAAUAUUUUUCUCCACUACAUGCACAAACAAACAGGCACUUUCAAAAGUGUUUUUAUUUUUCUCAUUUGAACUUGGAAACUUGGUGAAGAAGGCAAAAGAAGAAUUGGCUUAUUUUAGCCAGGCACAGUGGCCCUAGCCUGUCAUCUCAUCUCCUCAAGAGGCAGACAUUCAGGAUGAUCACAAUUCUAGGCUAACACUGGAUUUUUAGACUCUAAGCCCCAAGUCUAGGAGCCCCACAUUUUGUACUGCCACUUGCUCCCAUAUACCAAAGACACAGGAGAAAGGGUUUUUUAAUUACAUGGAAGCCAUGGAAAAACACCACUGUAAUACACUUUCAACAAUCUUCAAGAGUACAGACAUGGCUUCAGGUUAAGUAGGGAGAAUUGAGCACAGAGGGUAACAAAGGUAAGCAUAGUUAAUUAAAGCUGCUUCAAAUUGUUAGCUCAGGCUUAGUCACGAGAGGAGCUCCAGAAAAGUUGUUAGCAUUUUGCCAUUAGAACAGAACAGGAACAGAUUGACUGGAUGGUGAAUAGUCUUCUGAGCUUUGGCUCUUGUCUUAAAGAUGAUACGAAGAUGACAUUGCUUGCUUGAGGGCCACUUUGCCUUCUGUCAUGCUUAUACGUGAAUCUUAAUGCUAUUCCAUCUGUCAAACACAGGUCCCAAAAUACAAGUGUGAGUUAUAGUCAUCAUAACCCCUAUUUACUUACAUUUGUCUUUUAGUCUCUUCUGUCCUCUGGACAUAUUUGCCAGGAAAACCAACAAAAACAUAGGCUUCUCAUUAUAAAUGCCAGAAAGGAAGCAAGGGUGGCCUAUUUGCUUACCUUCCACCACAACUAGAUGUGACUUACCCAUUGAAUGGAUACUCAUACUUCAUUGUACAUCAGCUGGAAUCACCCAGCAUACUCCUUACAACAUCCACCCUACAGCUGCUGUAUUGGCCCAUAGUUUAAUUUUACUAGGAAAGUUAAUCUAGUGUUUAUAGGCAGAUGUUUAGAUAAAUACAUAUGAAAUGCCAAGUACAAAGAUUUCUAUUAUGUAGUUUUUUUAAUCUAUCAUUGCCUUUCUCCAUAAGCAUGAAUAAUGAAGAGCUUACUUUUGUUUUUCUUUUGCUGCUUUAGUGGGACAAAUGUUCUUGUCAAAGCUUAUUUUGAGCUGUGUGUCAUGCUUUAAGAGCAGUCAGAGUUUGCCCCAUCUACAACAUUAAUUCACUUACAUUUAUUGACCAUUAUUCUGUACCAGUCACUAUGUUGUGAUAAGAAUACAUAAAAAAGCCCCCUAAGCAAAAAAUAUUUUAAAUCUUCUAACUUUCUCCUAUUGGAAUCUUGAUAUCCAACUAGAAGUGCAAAUUUAUAAAUAAAUAGUUCCAGUGUAAAACUGAAGCGUUAAAAAGAACUUUAUUAUCCAGAGAAAAGACAAAGUAAUAAUUGUGAGGGGCACAGGGAAGGCAUGCAGAGCAGUUGACAUCAGAGGUAGAAACUAAAGAAUGAGGGGAGUUGACAGCAGACGUUGAGGGGUAGAACAUUCAAGGCAGAGCAAUAAAAUGAUAUAGCACAUCUGUGGUACAAGUUGAUAAUUCAGAAUAUACAAUGUAUAAAAUGAAGAGCUGAAGAUAAUGCUGACAGUAUAAUGGUAGUUGAUUUAUGCAGGGCCCUGUGAGUUAUUCCAGGACCAAAAUAGGUGUCCCCUGUUUGAUGGGAAGCAAUUUACAAAACAUAGUGGUGACAUGAUCACAUGCAAUUUUAGAAAAAUCACUUAAUGCUAUGGAAGAUUAAUUGAAGAAUACAGAAUUAGAGCAAGAGAAACAAGUUGGGAAGUUUUUUCCCAUUGGUAUAGAGAUGAGAAGAGUCUCAGCUGAGAGCAUAGCUGUAGCAAUGGUAGACCAUGAGUUUGUGAGAUACUGUCCAGGUAAAGUCAAUCAGAAGUAGUCACUGGUUAGAUGGUCUGUGAUGUGGGGAUAAAGUCAAAGGGAGAAAACAAGAAGAAUGUUUAUAGUUUUCUACACUGUGGAUAGAGAAGUAUAAUUAAUGGCAUGGUCCUUUGUGAACAGUGUAUAUGAAUUGUGACUCAAGUUGUGUAGUUGCCUAUUCAAUCAACAGAUUAUUAUUUACAUUGAUUUGCAUGCAAAUAAAUGAUGGCAGAUAAAGAAACAUAGACUAUAGCUCUAACUUAAUAAGUAUGAGAAUUUGAAAUAAAAUAUUAAAGCCUAGAUAGAUUUUCACCCAUGUGGGUCUUCCUUUGGAAGAAAAAGCAAUAUAUGGAUUGAGUAACUAUGUAGCUAGUACAAAGGGAAGAUUUUUUGUGUGUGGGUACCAGUUCUGGGUCUUGAAUUCAGGGCCUGGGAAUUGUCAUUGAGUUUUUGUGCUCUAGACUAGCACCCUACACUUGG